CUGCGCGCUCGGGCUGGCUCGGCGGCUGCUGCGGGCGGGCAGGCGGGUGCGCGGAGGGCCGGUGCCCCGCAGCAGGUGGGCGGGGUGCGGUUGGCGGCGGCGGCUGGGCCGGGGGCUGCCGGCUGCGCUCGGGCCGUGCGCGGCGGCCGUGCGGGCGCGCCAUGGACUUCAACAUGAAGAAGCUGGCGUCGGACGCGGGCAUCUUCUUCACCCGGGCCGUGCAGUUCACGGAGGAGAAAUUUGGCCAGGCUGAGAAGACUGAGCUUGAUGCCCACUUUGAAAACCUUCUGGCCCGGGCAGACAGCACCAAGAACUGGACAGAGAAGAUCUUGAGGCAGACAGAGGUGCUGCUGCAGCCCAACCCCAGUGCCCGAGUGGAGGAGUUCCUGUAUGAGAAGCUGGACAGGAAGGUCCCCUCAAGGGUCACCAACGGGGAGCUGCUGGCUCAGUACAUGGCAGACGCGGCCAGUGAGCUGGGGCCGACCACCCCCUAUGGGAAGACACUGAUCAAGGUGGCAGAAGCUGAAAAGCAACUGGGAGCCACAGAGAGGGAUUUUAUCCACACGGCCUCCAUCAGCUUCCUCACACCCUUGCGCAACUUCCUGGAGGGGGACUGGAAGACCAUCUCGAAGGAGAGGCGGCUCCUCCAAAACCGGCGUCUGGACUUGGAUGCCUGCAAAGCGAGGCUGAAGAAGGCCAAGGCUGCAGAAGCCAAAGCCACGACGGUGCCUGACUUUCAGGAGACUAGACCUCGUAAUUACAUUCUCUCGGCCAGCGCCUCCGCGCUCUGGAAUGAUGAAGUGGACAAGGCCGAGCAGGAGCUCCGCGUGGCCCAGACAGAGUUUGACCGGCAAGCAGAAGUGACCCGUCUCUUGCUGGAGGGAAUCAGUAGCACUCAUGUGAACCACCUGCGCUGCCUCCACGAGUUCGUCAAGUCUCAGACAACCUACUACGCACAGUGCUACCGCCACAUGCUGGACUUGCAGAAGCAGCUGGGCAGAUUUCCAGGCACCUUCGUGGGCACCACAGAGCCCGCCUCCCCACCCCUGAGCAGCACCUCACCCACCACUGCUGCGGCCACUAUGCCUGUGGUGCCCUCUGUGGCCAGCCUGGCCCCUCCGGGGGAGGCCUCGCUCUGCCUGGAAGAGGUGGCCCCCCCUGCCAGUGGGACCCGCAAAGCUCGGGUGCUCUAUGACUACGAGGCAGCCGACAGCAGUGAGCUGGCCCUGCUGGCUGAUGAGCUCAUCACUGUCUACAGCCUGCCUGGCAUGGACCCUGACUGGCUCAUUGGCGAGAGAGGCAACAAGAAGGGCAAGGUCCCUGUCACCUACUUGGAACUGCUCAGCUAGGCAGGUGCCCCCAUCCCCCCGCAUUCUGGCCUAGGCAGGAAAGGAUGGGCACAGCCCUGCCACUUAACUUGUUUGUUGGUGACACAGCUGUUCAGAGUGGGGAGAAUUCACCCCAUUCUGUCCCUGCCCCCAGUUACCUAGCUGUGAGGUUGCCUGAGGCUGAAUGGCUCCACCCCUCCCCCAGCCCUGCUUCUGACCUGUGGCUCUGGAGCCCCUGCCCCUGCCUGCAUCCCCGAGCACCCCACCCUCCCGGCUCCGCUAAGGAGGGAGGUGCUGUCUGCAGCAGCUGCACUCAGCACCUAGGCCAGGGUGGGGCCGCCGCAGAUGGGCUCAGGAAGCCCCAGGUGCACUCAGCGAGAGCCCUGCCUUUCAGUUGCCAAAAGCUGCAUCAGGGGAAUGCGGCAAGGCACACAGGACUCUGGCAGCCCCUGGGGACUGGGCGCUGCCCCUGGGAGGGGAGAGCCUGGCCAGGGCUGGUGUUGGGCCCGGAGCAGCAUCUUCCGGUGCUAUCCUCCCCUCCCACCCCUCACAGCUCAAGCCAAGUCCAGCGGCCGCAGUCUUCACCUCUCCACACUCACUUUUUAUCUGGUGUUUUUACUUCUGCCUGCGUUUGCUCUCUAGCCAAUAAACCCUCCUUGUGUGCGA